CCGGCGGGCGAUGCGCUUCCUCCGCUGAGCGCAGCGCGGCCGAGCCGGCAGGAUGACGGUGGAGUUCGAGGAGUGCAUCAAGGACUCGCCCCGGUUCCGGGCAACCAUCGAUGAGGUGGAAACAGAUGUGGUGGAGAUCGAGGCCAAGCUUGACAAGCUGGUGAAGCUCUGCAGUGGCAUGAUCGAGGCUGGCAAGGUUUACAUCACCACCACCAAGCACUUUGUCAGCGGCGUGCGGGACCUGUCGCAGCAGUGCAAGAAGGAUGAGAUGAUCUCGGAGUGCCUGGAUAAAUUUGGGGACAGCCUGCAGGAAAUGAUCAAUUACCACAUGAUCCUGUUUGACCAGGCCCAGAGGUCAGUCCGGCAGCAGCUGCACAAUUUUGUCAAAGAUGACGUGAGGAAGUUCAAGGAGACCAAGAAGCAGUUUGACAAGGUGCGGGAGGACAUGGAGAUCUCGCUGGUGAAGAACGCGCAGGCGCCGCGGCACAAGCCCCACGAGGUGGAGGAGGCCACGGGCACGCUGACCAUCACCAGGAAAUGCUUCCGGCACCUGGCCCUGGACUAUGUGCUGCAGAUCAACGUGCUGCAGGCCAAGAAGAAAUUUGAGAUCCUGGACGCGAUGUUGUCCUUCAUGCACGCCCAGUUCACCUUCUUCCAGCAGGGCUACAGCCUCCUGCACGAGCUGGACCCCUACAUGAAGAAACUGGCCACGGAGCUGGACCAGCUGGUGAUCGACUCUGCCGUGGAGAAGAGGGAGAUGGAGCACAAGCACGCCCUGAUCCAGCAGAGGACCCUCCUGCAGGACUUCUCCUACGAUGACUCCAAGGUGGAGUUCAAUGUGGAUGCCCCCAAUGGGGUGGUGAUGGAAGGUUACCUCUUCAAGAGAGCCAGCAACGCCUUCAAAACAUGGAACAGGAGGUGGUUUUCCAUCCAGAACAGCCAGCUGGUCUACCAGAAGAAGCUAAAGGAUGUCCUGACCGUGGUGGUGGAGGACCUGAGGCUCUGCACGGUCAAACCCUGCGAGGACAUCGAGAGGAGGUUUUGCUUCGAGGUCGUCUCCCCCACCAAGAGCUGCAUGCUGCAGGCUGACUCCGAGAAGCUGCGCCAGGCCUGGAUCCAGGCUGUGCAAGCCAGCAUCGCCUCUGCCUACCGGGAGAGCCCCGACAGCUACUACAUUGAGAGGCUGGACAGAACAGCCUCCCCCUCCACCAGCAGCAUCGACUCGGCCACGGAUUCCCGGGAGCGCGGCGGGAAGGGGGAAACAAUCCUGCAGAGAGUGCAGAGCGUCCCUGGGAAUGACCAGUGCUGCGACUGUGGGCAGCCAGACCCUCGCUGGGCCAGCAUCAACCUGGGCAUCCUGCUGUGCAUCGAGUGCUCCGGGAUCCACAGGAGCCUGGGUGUUCACUGCUCCAAGGUCCGAUCCCUCACGUUGGAUUCCUGGGAGCCGGAGCUGAUCAAACUGAUGUGUGAGCUGGGCAACAGCACCAUGAACCAGAUUUACGAGGCACAGUGUGAGGAGCUGGGGCUGAAGAAACCAACAGCAGGGAGCUCCAGGCAGGACAAGGAGGCCUGGAUCAAGGUGAAGUACGUGGAGAAGAAGUUCCUGAGGAAGCUGCCGGGCGGGGAGGUGCUGGCGGAGAGCGAGCGCAAACCGCGGCGCUGGUGCGUCAAGAAGUGCCAGAGACACAACAGCAGCUCCAGGGCACCCACGGCACGCAGGAAAUACCGCCAGGAACCGGGCAAUGCCUCCCCCGCCAUGCUGGCCUCAGCAGCCGCCACCCUGGAGAGGAAGUUCCGCCGAGACUCGCUCUUCUGCCCGGACGAGCUGGACUCUCUCUUCUCCUACUUCGACACCGGGGCUGGCUCCGGCCCUCGCAGUGCCAGCCACAUCUCUCUGCAGCACCCGCUGGCAGGUGGCCCUUGGAGUGGGAUGGGUCCCGCUGGGUCCCUCCUGGACGGAGGUCUGAGCAGUGACAGCGGCCUGGGAGGGAGCACCGAUGGCAGCAGUGACGUGCUGGUGUUCGGCUCCGUGGUGGACAGCGUGACCGAGGAAGAGUGUGAGGUGUCAGAGGAAUCCAGCGGGGAAGCCGAGAUCGAGCAGGAGGCAUCGGAUUUGGAGGAUGUGCGGGAGCUGCAGCCCGGGCUGGUGAUGUACCGGGCGGCCCGGGCGCGGAACCUGCCCCUGAUGGCCGAGGCGCUGGCCCACGGCGCCGAGAUCAACUGGGUCAACGACGAGGACGAGAGCAAAACGCCUCUGAUCCAGGCCGUGAGCGGGGGCUCCUUGAUCGCCUGUGAGUUCCUGCUGCAGAACGGGGCCGACGUUAACCAAAGGGACUCUCGGGGCCGGGCGCCCCUGCACCACGCCACGUACCUGGGGCACACCGGGCAGGUGUGUCUGUUCCUGAAGCGCGGCGCCACGCAGCACACGCCCGAUGCCGACGGGCAGGACCCGCUGAGCAUCGCCGUCAGCGCUGCCAACGCCGACAUCGUCACCCUGCUGCGGCUGGCGCGGAUGAACGAGGAGAUGCGGGAAGCGGAGGGGCCCUUCGGCCAGGCUGGCCAGUACCCCAGCAGCAGCCCCACGGAGCUGCAGUAUAGGAAGUGCAUCCAGGAGUUCAUCAGCCUCAACAUCGACGAGUGCUAGGGACAAACCUGCGUCCCCUCGGCCGCCCCCGAGCCGGGCUGGAUCCCUGGAGAGCCCCGUCCUUGGAUAUUUGGUGUUUUCCUUGCAGAUUGGUCUGGUUUGGACGCCUGCGGCCCUCGGGUUGAGCUGCCCGCAGGAAGGCCGAGGGCCUUUCCCCGUCAGCUUUGAGUUCUCAUGCUUGACUACUGGAUGGUUGAUUUUUUGUUGUUGUUGAGAGCCUCCCAGGGCAUAACCACGGACCAUGGGAUGUGUGUGGGGAGUGUGUGGGAGAUCGGUUUAAACAAAAAAAAAAAAAAAAAAAAAGGGAAAAAAAUUUAAAAAGAGAAGGAAAAACCCUCCUGUGGCCAGGAGGGAGCCACCAACACCAAGAGCAGGCAGAGCUGUCCCUCGACAGCUGGCUGGGAGUUCUGGCAGGGAGUGUGGCGUGGAGCCUGCUCUGCCCCUGGGAGGCCCAGGCUGGUUUUUGGGGCAGGGAUGCUCCGAAGGCCCAGCGGAGCGGGAUCGGGAUCGGGAGCUCUGGCUCCUCACCCUGCGCUGCUCUCAGGACUAACCCAGCCACGCUUCCCUCGUUCGCUGCCCUGGGUGCUUGGCUGCUCAAAGCCAUAGCUGCCCUGCUUCCUGGGAGGAUUCCCACCCCACAGGAUUUCCUGGAAGCAGCAGCACUGAUCCCUGCAGCUGGUAGAAGCUUGUCGCUGGCGAUGGGCUCGGGGCAGGGAGGGGAACCAGCUCAAGCUGCUCGGUGCAAUUUCACAGAAUCUCAGAAUCAUGGAAUCCCAGAAUUCCAGGUUGGACAAGACCUUUAAGAUCAUCGAGUCCAACCCAGCCCUAAAACCUCAACUAAACCACUGCCACAUCCAAUCUUCUUUUAAAGACACCAGGGAUGGGGAAUUGGACUCCACUUGCUUCUCUGCUCCCUUCAGGUUUCCGUGGAAGAGAAUUCCACUCGCAUGCGUCCCCUCCAUGCUCUCUCCCUGCAUGCUGGAGCAGCUCAGUGGCUUUGGAGCUCCCCAGUUCCUGUUCCCAGCAGGAUUCUGAUGUUUCUCUCCUUUUUCCCGCGGGGCUGCAGUGAGGGAACGUGGUUCUCCUCGGAGCCCUUUGGUGCUGGCUCGUGUCUCAUCCCGUCUUGGGAGGGUUCAGCGAGCGCAGGCGCCUCUGGAAUCCUGGCUGGAGCCUUUUCCCAAUGUCCCCAGUGAGGAUUUGGGGGUGACAUCCCUGCCUGGGCUCCAGGGUCAGGCCACAGUGCCUUAGGGAUCAUCCUGGGAUCUCCAGGGCCUCCAAGGAAACCACGAAUCCCAGGCAGAGUUCCCCACCCUCCUGCCCUCCAGCGGCAGAUCCACAAUCCUCUGAUUUCCAUCCCAUCCUCUCUGGAAUUCUUGAUGUUUUCACUGCCAGGCUGCUGCCCUGCUCAGAAGCGUCAGCAGGGUUUGCUGCUGGGGCUGGAAUUGUGUCCUCAGGUUCUGAGGGAGCAGCUCCUGACCCUCAGGACUCACCCAGCAGCCCUCGCUGUCCUCCCACACCAGGCUUUCUCCUGGCUUCAGGCAAUUCCUGCUUCCUUAGGAAGUGCUGUCCCAGGUUUUCCUGCAUUUUCUGGUUGUGCGAUCCCCGUUCCAACUGGAGCUUUGGGAUGAGCAGUUCCAAGGGCUGAGCUCUGUUCUCAGUCCCAGUCUGGAACGGUCCUGGCAACUCUUCGGCUCAAAAUCUGACCCCAGGGCCUCCUGUGCUUCCAUGGAUCAACAACCUCCUGAUCCUGGGGAAUGAAGAUUCCCCCUUUUUGCCUGUCCAGUGCCUGGGCUGGAAAUCUCUGUGGAGCUUGGGCAGGCAACGCUCCCUUGGAGCCUGGGAGUGGGAAGUGGAGGAUGAGUGGAGUGCUCAUCCCUGCCCAGCUCCAGCACCCUCGGGAGCAGCCCUGGCAUGGGGCACGAAAUCCCAUCCUCGCUGCAAUCCCAUUGGCGAGGGAGCGGGAUGGAGAAACCCCGGAAUUCCCAGCUCUGGGAGCAGAGGUUGUAGCUCUGAUUUGGGGUUCCCCUGGCUGAUUCCAGCUGUGGCACAGCUGCUCCGGCCUCUCCUUCACUUCCCACAGAACAUUCCCAGGAUCCAGCACCUCCUGGCCCCAUGGGCGGUGGCACAGCCCUGCUGCUCCCCGUGCCUCUCCUGGGCAGCUCCUGGAGCUCAUCUCUGGCUCCUCAGCUUUGGGAUUUCUCUUCUUUCUGUCCCAAAUCACCCCCAAUUUCCAUGCCCCCCCUCUCCUGAGCAGGGCGGUGCCAUCCCUUGGCUGUCGCUGCCACCUUCUCCUUCCAUUCCAGCCUCUGGAUCCUGCUGGUGCUGCUGCCAUUGCUUUCAAAGUUUCAAAAAGCCAGGUUUAAAAGUUUCAAAGCCA